ACAUCGUGGGAGCGAAGGACAAGGUAGGCGCUGCACCUCCCUGGCGGUAUUCCCGAGUGUAGCUCGGAGUAAAGUUUCAGUACCACUAGCGGUAACCCCGAGUUAAACUCGGGCUUACCAUGCGGCGCUGCUCCGCGAUCCCUCAGUCACUUACCUUGUCCUGCGCUCCCGCGAUGUCCUUUCUGCAGUGUCCCCGGCAAUGUCUUCCGGCGGAUGCUGACAUCUGUCUUCUGGGUUCCGUCCCCUGCGAGCAUCGGGACGUACGGGGGAUGGAACGGUGGAAAAUUUGAAAAUGACAAAAAGUGA